GUUCCGCGGCGCGGCCUAGCAUUUAUCUGUCAAAACUGGUGACGGUCGGCCGAUCGGCAAUGAGCCGGCUUAUGCGUGCUUGUUGAUUGCUUUUGCGCUGAGGUUUUUAGGUUAUCUAAACGAAUACUUUACCGAAAGACGUGCGUGUACGUUUUGUGCGUUCAACAUUGGGUUUCCCGAGCGGUACAAACGCAUCGAUCGUGAGCGUACUUUGAAUACUUUUGUUGAUUAUUAUUAUUAUGUGAUCGUGAAUCAGGAAAGACCGAGAAGAAAUACAAAGAGCAAGCGUCAACAAUAGAAGGAAAAAAAGAAAGCAAGAUGCGAAACGUUCGAGGCAAUGUUUUCUGCUAUCUCAUCGUGGCACUGCUUUUUCUAGCGCCAUCCAGUUACGCAGAUGUUUCAGCCGAAAAUGCGACAAGCCAAUUUCAACGGUGCGACAUCAACAAAGCGAUGGAUCAGUGUGGCGAAAACGAAAGAUGUUUCAAAAAUUCGGAGAACGAAGAAGCACAGUGCAGAUGCGUGAGAGGUUUCGAAGCGGACGGAGGCCAGUGUGUCCAGGUUACUACGUUUCCCAACGUAAUUAUCGAUCAGUCAACGAUCGAAGUCCACUCAGGAGGUAGUUCCAUAGCUGCUGGCUUGUUUAUACUGACUUUCCUCAUAGUAAUGAGCGUGUUACUGUAUUUCGUCGAGAAGCGAUAUAAGUGGUUGCAACGAGUUCGACAGCUUCGUUCGAAUCAUUACGGCAAUGUGCUAGUCACAAGAGACGACGACGACGAUGACGAUUCACCGAUAGCGUAAGCUGGUACCUAAUAGUAAUUAAUACGUGUGCCGUGUACAAAGUGCGAAAGUUUUUAACGAAAGCACGAACCUUAACGCAGAGACGCUCAGUUACACAAUUCAUAAUUUAAAGCGACAAGCUUUGAGUUACCGCUGCGUGGAUCACCUUACCGAAUAACCACAAUAAAAAUCUAGUACCGGUUCGUGUCCAAUUGCCUCGUCUUCCCGGGCGAGUUGUAAGGAAAUUUCGAUCGAUUUCUCUAUCGAUUUCUAUCGAUUCUAUUCUAUAAAGUUCUAUAGGCAAUGCAUUUAACCGCUUAUACCUCCGUGAUCGUGACUUGGGGUAUUCGACGUUUCGAGAAUCGAACAUUGAACGUCGUACAUGAACGUCUUCUCUUGGAGCUUGUUACGCUUAGGGAACAAUAUUGUGUAACUCUGUGUACCUAUAUAUGGAGGCAAGGUUUUCGAUAUCAGGUAUGUGCGAAGCAAAAUAUCGUCGAACUGAAUUAAGAGGCUAAAUGUAAACGAGUGUUAGUGUAAGUAGACGUGUUUUAUGCCGAUAAACAUAAAUCUUUCAUCUUUGAACGCGUGAAACGUAUCCAUCUCCGACUUUUUACAUAACGUCCAUUCAGAUUUUAAUGACACGUAUGUACGUUUUCAAAGGUAAAAAGACAUUUCACCGACCGUAUUGGCAGCGUUGUUGAUAAUCGCAGGAUAUUUACGUCGCCGUUAUUUAACGAUUGAAAAUAGAGAACAUUCGCAUAAGAAUACUGCUACUUGCACGAUCACCGAUUCUACGUUUAUAUACAAUGGUUAUAAAGGAUACGGGAUAACUGACUGCGGUUUCGAUAGUUUGUAAGAACAUAUUGAAAGCAUAAUUUUUUACGAUAACAUUAAGAAGCUGGUCAGUAAACUUUAACGCGUUAUCGAUAUGUUGUAUAAAAUCGGUGAUUAUCGGUCCAUCUCUUCGCUGUAUACAAAAUUUAGGAUGAAUUACAUAUUUACAUUCUCAACUGUAUCUUCGAUCGAUGCAAUGAAAUUUGUGCAUGUGACGCGAUUAAACGUCGAUCCGAUAAUUUUAUAGACUGUCUUCCUUUGCAAGAUCGCGUAUAAAUUUAUAUUAUUGUUUGCCAAUGCUGAAACUUUUUGCAAACCGACGAUACACUCGGCAUUCGGGAAUCGUGUCGCGUGGAUAAAGUUUUACCGUUCUCUCUGAAUGUCUUGUUCUUUCGAGGAUAACUCUCAAACGGAUGUCACUUUACCAAAGAAUAAACAUUUCAGAAUCUAAAUUACGAUACGCAUACGUGCCAGCUGCAAGAAAAGGUAUCCUUUUGUUACACGUAUAUGUGUCAUUUUAUAAUCGUAAUUAAUUAAUAAUAUAUAUUGCGUAUAGUAAGCUAUCUACACUAUCUACUGCAUAAUUACCAUAUAUUAUGUAAUAUAUAAUUAAUUAAUUAUCAUUAAAAAGUUUCUGUCACGUAUGAUUAGUACACUCCCUAAAUAUUCCUGCAACGUUAUCGAUUAAUCGUUAGGGGAGUCGAUGAUUUUUGUCUUCGUUACGAGUCGAAGGGAGUUAACUUUUAAACUGCAAGACGUUUAGACACCGCUACACUCAUACCAAAAGAACGUUACAUUUCUUAUCGCGCUCGGUAUUGUUUUUGUAAUAUAAAGAAAUUUGUAAAUAACUUUCCGCCAUUCCGCGGGUGCGUAUUCUUGCCAGCCAAUCAGUCUCUUUCCUAUAGCGUAUAAUCUAAUUGUGAUUCUAAAGAAAAUCGCAUAUACAUACACGAAUAUUCCUAAGAAAAGGGGACGAGUCUCUAUCUCUUGCGAAAGAUUAUUGAAACGUACACAUUUGCAUUUAUUUUCGAUUUAUACGCAUAUUUAUAUAUAUAAAGAUAUAUAUAAAUAUAAAUAUUAUAUAUAUAUAUAUAAAUAUAAAUAUUAUAUAUAUAUAUAUAUUUAACCUAUUCUUAUAUUCUAUCAUUUAUGUACAGAACUACGCGCUAGAAGCUAAUCGGAGCAAUUAGUUGGUGCUCGAGAUAUCGAUUCUGAUUGGUUAGACCGCUCGGCAUCGUGAGACGAGAUUUGAUAUUUUUAUAGUUGGCGAGUACAAAUUGAAACGGUGCGACAGGUAUUAGCGAAUUAUUGUUUUUAGUUGCGUAUCGCCGGAAAUUCUCUCGUAGUUUGCGAUACGAUCAUAGAUGCGAUGAACGUCACCGCUCGCUCAUUUCACUUGUUAACGACACGUCUAUUAGAAUACACUUCUGCGAUGCAGUUUGACAAUUCGACUGACUGUAAUUAUUGUUACCGUUUUUCAUAAUAGCCACGUUUACGCAAAACAUCGACGAUCUUGCAUUACAACUUGUUGCAGUAGUUGGAGAUGGAAUCAAGCGAGAUGGAAGAGAGAAUUGCAUUCUAUAGAUCUAAUUCAUCCUUUCGUAUUUACAGGGAUGACCUGGUUUGUGUGUACGUGGCUCUGUUGAGUUGUAAAUUUUACUCUGUGAUGUAUUUUACGUUAUCCUUGAUGAAACAUUUGUCAUCGAUUAAUUAACGUUCUCGUGGCACAAUUUGUUAAGAGUAAUACUAGCUCGAUUGCAGGAACGUUGUACGUACAUAUCGCAUAACUGCUUUAAAUGUAAAAUAUUAACAAAAUAUUCGAUCGUUUCUCCGGCAAUGAAACGUUGUUUUCUCAUAGUAAAUUUUGUGGCCAAAAAAUGUUUAAAACUGCGCGUCUAAAAAUUAAGAGAACUCUAAGAAAUCCCACUGAAUUUUUCUAUUUCUAAUAAAUGCGUACGAAACGUGUCAUCAGAAUUAAGUCAUCAAUGACCACAAUGAAGGAUUUGUAAAUAUUCAACAUCGAUAAAUAUAAAAUAGAAAAUAAAGAAAAUAACACUAAAA